AUGGUUGGUAGAAACUUCAGCAAACGAGGAAGCACACCUAUGAAUCCAUUUGAUAAGCCGCGCCUAAUAAGAGAGAUCCAGCUUGUCGGGACAUACGGGCUCAAGAACAAGCGAGAGCUGUGGGUGAUGAACGAAGUGUUUGCAAAGGACAAGGAGCGUGCAAGGAUCUUGCUCACAUCGACAAAUCCUGAAGAUGUUCCGACAAACGGGCGUUCAUUGCUGAUGAAGCUAAUGAAGUACGGGAUUCUAGGCGGAAUUGACAUAUGCGACAAGCAGGAGGUCAUUUCUGGGCUGAACAGGGUUCUUGAUCUGACCAUCAACCACUACUUAGAAAGGCGUCUUCAGUUCAGAGUGUUUGCAGCAGGGCUUGCGAAGUCUGUGCACGAGGCAAGAGUGAUGAUCAAGAGCAGAUGCAUUUCAAUUAAGGAUCAGGUCGUCACUACGCCUGGAUUCAUGGUGAUGGCGGAAAACGAGCCCUUGAUCGAGUACAAUCCGUACUCUGCAUAUGGAGACAAAGGCAAGAAAAAGAAAGCAGCCUCCAAGGCUGGUGGAGAUGAAUAG